AAAACCACAGGUGCAAGCCGUCAGCUCUAGGGUUUCACGAAGAGCAAAAUUCGUCUCCCUCCGUUUGAUAGAUCGCCGCCCAUCCGGUGUUCGAGCGGGGUUCGGGAACAGUCUGGAAGGUCUCUAGCGGAAUCAACCUGUUCGUGAUUGCUGUUGGUGGUUCCAAAAAGGUUAUCAAAAUGUCGUUCAAUCCACUUAUGACUGUUCUCAAUCAAAACAAACUCGUUGGUCCGAAUUAUUUGGACUGGAAACGAAAUCUGGACAUUGUCCUUGCUGCGGAUGACUAUAAAUUCGUCCUAAGCACCCCUGCUCCAGCAGACUUAACUGAGGAAUCCACUGAAGAGGAAAGGGAGGCUCAUCGGAAGUGGCAUAGGGCUGAUCAAAUGAGCCGUUGCUACAUAUUGGCGUCAAUAACCAAUAUGUUGCAAUUGCAGGUUGAAAAGUUGCCUACUGCUACUGACAUGAUGUUGAGCCUCAAGGAGCUCUUUGGUGAGUCAGAUAGGGCUGCUCGAUUUGAGGCAAUGAGGAAGAUUAUGACUUCCUUCAUGCCAGAGGGAACUUCUGUGCGUGAGCAUGUUCUCAAGAUGAUGGAAAAUCUGAAUGAGAUAGAGCUGCUCGGGGGUCAAAUCGAUGCUGACACCAAGAUCGAUAUGAUCUUGCACUCACUCCCUAAGUCCUACGAGAAUUUCCGUCUCAACACAAUCCUGACCAAGAAGGACUAUACUUUAGCCGAGCUUCUUGUGGAUUUGGUUGCAGCGGAGGGACUCAUGGGUAGGACUCCACAGGCGCUGUUUUCUGCGCAGUCUGGACCUUCUUCGUCGAAAGGCGGGAAGAAGAAAAAGCCUGCCAAGAAAAAGGGUGCUGCAAAUAGUGGGAGCAAGUCGGUCGCGCCUUCUGGUGGCGACAUUGGAAAGCUGAUUGUCCCCUUCUGA